UAGUCCAGUAGUACAAGCAUAAAGUGCUCGGCGAAGAAAGGAAUCGGGGCAAACAGGACAGGCCGGAACCGGGGAGGGACGAUCGACCGGCCAUGGCCACCACCGUCAACCCCGCGGAUCCGGAGGCGCUAGAAGGCGGCGACGGCGACAGGAAACCGAUCAGGGGCGCCGCCAUGUCCCUGCUUGUCCGGGCGCGCGACAACAUGGCGUUCCGGUCGGUGUGGUCGGAGCUGAACGGCGCCAUGGGCGACCUGGGCACGUACAUCCCCAUCGUGCUCUCGCUGGCGCUCUCCCGCGGCCUCGACCUCGGCACCACCCUCGUCUUCACCGGCGUCUACAACGCCGUCACGGGCCUCCUCUACGGCGUCCCCAUGCCCGUCCAGCCCAUGAAGACCAUCGCCGCCGUCGCCCUCUCCGACGCCUCCUUCGGGGUCCCCGAGAUGAUGGCCGCCGGCAUCCUCACCUCGGCGUUCGUAUUCGUCCUCGGGGUCACCCGCCUUAUGAAGCUCGUCUACUGGUUCGUGCCGCUCCCCGUCGUCCGCGGCAUCCAGCUCGCCCAGGGGCUCAACUUUGCCAUGGCCGCCGUCAAGUACAUCCGCUACGAGCAGGACCUGGCGAAGAGCAAGUCCCUCGGUCGGCGCCCCUGGGCUGGGCUCGACGGCCUCGCCCUCGCCAUCGCCGCCAUCUUCUUCGUCGUCCUCGUCAACGGCGCUGGCGACGAUCACAGCACCGCCGUCCAAGAAGAAGAAGUGGGACGAGAUCGGGAGGAGGAUAGCUCUUCUUCCCUCUGGCGUAGCUGGAGGAGGCGCUUGCGGUCGGCGACGAUCCCGUCGGCGGUGAUCCUGUUCGUGCUGGGCGUGGUCCUCGCCAUCAUCCGGCACCCGGCGGCGGUGAGGGAGCUGCGCGCGGGGCCGUCGCGGAUGCGCGUGGUGCGCAUACCGAGGGAGGCGUGGAAGCAGGGGCUGAUCAAGGGCGCGAUCCCGCAGAUCCCGCUCUCGGUGCUCAACUCGGUGGUGGCGGUGUGCAAGCUGACGCGCGACCUGUUCCCGGAGAAGAAGGAGGCGUCGGCGACGUCGGUGUCGGUGACCAUGGGCGCCAUGAACCUGGUGGGGUGCUGGUUCGGCGCCAUGCCGUGCUGCCACGGCGCGGGCGGGCUGGCGGGGCAGUACAAGUUCGGCGGGCGCAGCGGCGCGUGCGUGGCUGCGCUGGGCGGGCUGAAGCUGGCGCUGGGGCUGGCGCUCGGCGGCUCCGUGCUGCGCGUGCUCGCCGCGUUCCCCGUGGGGCUGCUGGGCGUGCUGCUGCUGUUCGCCGGCGUGGAGCUGGCCAUCGCGGCCAGGGACAUGUCGUCCAAGGCGGAGGCGUUCGUCAUGCUCGUCUGUACCGCCGUGUCGCUCGUCGGCUCCAGCGCCGCGCUGGGGUUCCUCUGCGGCAUGGUCGCGCACGGCCUGCUGCUGCUCAGGGCACGCGCCAUUUCCAUCUGAAGAUCAAAGCACUCGUGCUGAUCCAUGCAUGUACAUCUCGUACAUCCAUCGUCAUCCCAUCUGUAUGUUUUACAUGGACUGCGUCGCGUGUGCACUUCUGUGCUGUAGCAAAUGGUUGGACUGAGUUUCAAGUUUGGUCUCAUUCACUUUGUGAACCGUCGGAUUUUUUUGCGUAGCGAUUCGUGCUUUGUUGCGGCUGGACAGGUUGUCUCCUGGUUAUCGCGGCCCGUAUCGUGUUGGGCUUUUCUUGUCUUUUUUUUCUUCACUCCCCCGCCCGUUGCACUCCCCCCUCUCCUCUUUUAUUUAAGAGACCGAAGCGUCCUGAUUCUGACUUGACUCCAUUCCCCCCAGCUCCUCUGUUCGUCUUCUGACUCCCUUCCCCAGAGCGCUCUGUUCAUCUUCGAAUCGGGAUACAGAAGGGAAGAGCUGAAAGUGGAGAGGAGAUCCCCGUUUUGUUCAAGAUGGUUUGCGCGGUCUGCCACUCAUACUGUGGCAACAACACUGUAGAAAGAUGGGGAAAUUUUGUCAACAAUGGCGCCAAGGAAUUUGCAGUGUUUUUUUGUACUUUUUCAUCGUGAUGAUCUUUUUGAAUGUCUCUAUUUGUGUUUUUCACUCCGCAGUUUUUUCCUAACAAUUCUUUUCAACCCUGUUUGUCCUGUUUUUCUUUUUUUUUUGAAGAUCAUACCAUGCACUGUAAGGGACAGUCUGAGCCACAUAGCUGGAGGAUUCUUCAGUUUCAGAGCUCACGGGCGAAGGUAUUCGUUGGAUGUGCUCAGCGUGUCUGAGACCACCGUGAUGGGCGGCGAUGACUGGGUAAAGUUUGUCUCGGACUACCAUCUUGGCGGUGGUGAGUUAGUGGUUUUUGACACAUCUCGGCGCAUGGCCAAGGCAUAUGUAUGCUAUGUUGGUUGCAUGUGUGUUGCAAAUGACGGGGGCCCAGCUGAGCACACGAUUGUUGAUGAGGAUGCGGGAGACCAGGGCGCUGCUGCAGGUGGGAUCAACAUUGGGUCUGAUGAUGAGGCCCUAAAUGAUGUACAUGAGGAAGUAGCUACUCCACUAGUUGUUUUCACAAAGGGCAUUGUUCUAAGUUAUGAUGAAGUAUCAAAGUUGGAUUUGGUUCUUACCAACAAUGAUGGGUACAUUGGAUGUCCUUUCGUGCACCGUCUCACAACCACGAACGUUGCAAGCAAGCAGAUGAAAAUUCCAAGGAAGGUGAUUGAAGGGUUGAACUUGCUACCAGAAGGUGUUGUUGGAAUUUGUUUUGAAGCUGAAGAAUACAUGAAUGUUGGAUACCGCCAAGAUCGUGGUGGGCGCAUGGUUUUCAGCAAGCAAUGGGGUGUCUUUGCAACCCAGAACAACCUUCAAGAAGGAGACGGAGUUGUUUUCAAUUUCAAACCCAGCAACCAAGGGGGCGUAAACAUAACAUGUGUUGUGCACAACCUGAGAACAACAACAUAAUGAAGGAAGGGAUGCCAAAAGACAGCAAGUUCAGCAGCGCAGUGUUCAGGAACCAUCAGCCCUCGUUAGGAACUUUUUAUUUUUGCGCUUUUUUAUGUGUCAAUCGGACCAGCUCCUAAGUAGUAUUAGAGAUCUAGACUUCUAUGUUCCUUUCUAUCUAUCUACUAAAUGCUACCAUGUGUGGGUUCCAACUCUUUUUUUUGCAAAUGCGAUGCCCCGUGUGAAAUCCAUCUUCUUUUUUAUCCAUAUUUCUUUUUAAUGUUUUCAAUGUAUUUUAUUGGGUGACCUUGUAUUUCUUUUUCAACCUCGAGACGCAUU